GUCCAGGUGUCCAGGGGGACCCUUGGCACGCCAGAGAACAAUGCCAUUUUUGGGUCAGGACUGGAGAUCUCCUGGAUGGAGCUGGAUUAAAACAGAAGAUGGCUGGAAGAGACGCGAGUCCUGGGCUCAGGACCCGGAGAGAGAGGGCGAGCACGACGUCGGCCCCAGCAUAAUCUUGAAUAGUGAAGAUGAGGAGAUAUUCGAUAACGAAGAGCAUGGAUGUGCAUCCAAGAAAAGGAAAAAGGACCAUGUUAGACAUGACACAGACACCCAGUGUUUUUAUCGUGAAAAAUGGAUCUAUGUCCAUAAAGAAAGCACAAAAGAAAGGCACGGCUACUGCACGCUGGGGGAGGCCUUCACGCGCCUGGACUUCUCGAGCGCCGUGCAGGACGUGCGCAGGUUCAGCUACGUGGUCAGACUGUUGCAGCUAAUUGCAAAAUCCCAGUUAACUUCCCUGAGUGGCGUGGCUCAGAAGAAUUACUUCAACAUUUUGGAUAAAAUCGUUCAAAAGGUUCUCAGCGACCAGCAGAACCCUCGCCUCAUCAAGGACCUUCUCCAGGACCUGAGCUCCACGCUUUGCAUCCUGACCAGGGGCGUUGGGAAGUUCAUGCUGGUCGGGAACAUCAACGCCUGGGUUUGCCGGCUGGAGACGGUGCUCGCAUGGCAGCAGCAGCUGCAGAGUCUCGAGAUGACUCAGCAGGUGAACCACGGCCUCACGCUCAGCGACCUCCCUCUGCACAUGCUGAACAACAUCCUGUACCGAUUCUCAGACGGGUGGGACAUCAUCACUUUAGGCCAGGUGACCCCGACGCUCUACACGCUCAGCGAGGACAGGCAGCUUUGGAAGAAGCUGUGCCAGUACCACUUCGCUGAAAAGCAGUUUUGCAGACAUUUGGUCCUUUCCGAGAGCGGCCACGUGGACUGGAAGCUGAUGUACUUCGUGCUCCGGAAGCACUACCCCGCCAGGGAGCAGUACGGCGACACGCUGCACUUCUGCCGGCACUGCAGCAUCCUCUUCUGGAAGGACUGCCGCCUUGCUUUGUUGUUCAAGGACUCCGGACACCCCUGCACGGCCGCAGACCCCGACAGCUGCUUCAUGCCCGUGUCUCCGCAGCACUUCAUCGACCUUUUCAAGUUCUAAAGGCGCCUCGCCCUGCUGUGUCGCUGUGGGAGGCGGCCCGUGCGUGUGCAGGAGCUGGUUAAGCGGCCCUGGUGGCAGGGCCUCCUGUGCCAGCACAGCUGCUCCUCGGCACCCGCAGGGUACAGAUGCUUUACUGUGUGUUUUCAUCUUUGAAAGGGGGUCAGGGGACCCAAGUGAAAUCAUUUCCUUUCUUUAAAAAAUUCUUCUAAGCAUAUUAAAGUUUGCAACUUUGCAUAAUAAUAUGGUUCAAAAAAGAUUCUGGAUUUUCAGCACUAUAUUCUGUGCUGAACUGACACUAGCAGCCAAUAACAUGCUUCUUAAUUGUCAAAUCAUAGUUUCCCGAUUUUGCGGUGGUUGGGGGCGGGGGACAGAGCAACUGAGCCUCGUACAUGCACUGUGCAUGCAGAGCGUUUUUCCUAAGAUGCACUUUCAUGGUGUUGGCUGUGUCUAAGUGACCGCAGGGUGAGUGGCCUUGCUCCUGGGCGUCACGGACAGACGCUGACUGUUGGCAGCGGCACCGUGAAGGGCAUAGUGCUGAGCGUGACGCGUCGGGCAGCCCAGUGCCCCCGACCCCUGUACUGGACGCGCUUUUAUAGACAAGUAAUAAAUCACGUUACUGAUUCAA